AUGGAGCAGCUAUCAGACGAAGAAAUUGACCAUGGUGCUGAAGAAGACAGUGACAAGGAAGAUCAGGACCUGGACAAAAUGUUUGGAGCCUGGCUUGGGGAGCUGGACAAAUUAACUCAGAGUUUGGAUACUGACAAGCCCACAGAACCAGUAAAAAGACCUCCUCUUCAUCGGGAAACAAACAUGGCCAAUUUUUCUUACCGCUUUUCCGUAUACAACUUGAAUGAAGCUCUGAAUCAGGGAGAGACUGUGGAUCUGGAUGCCCUGAUGGCCGACCUUUGCUCCAUAGAGCAGGAGCUCAGCAGUAUUGGUUCAGGAAAUACUAAGCAUCAGAUUACAGAAAUAAAAGCUACUCAGAAGUUACCUAGUCGGCAUACAUCAAAACAUGGCACCUUGAAAGGAUUGUCUUCUUCAUCUAAUAGGAUUACUAAACCUUCACAUGCCAACUACUCUCUGGAUGACAUCACUGCACAGUUAGAACAAGCCUCCUUGAGCAUGGAUGAAGCUGCUCAACAAUCAGUAUUAGAAGAUUCCAAACCCCUAGUCACAAAUCAGCAUAGAAGAACAGCAUCAGCAGGCACCGUGAGUGAUGCUGACGUACACUCUAUUAGCAACUCUUCCCGUUCAAGCAUCACUUCUGCGACUUCUAGCAUGGACUCUUUGGAUAUUGAUAAAGUAACACGCCCUCAAGAACUGGAUUUGACACAUCAGGGGCAACCAAUUACUGAGCAUGCUAUUUCUCUGAGAUGUCCCAGCAAGCAGGCCAAGCGUCAUAUUGACUUCACUGAAGAACAGGCUGAGCUGACUCCUCACUCCUAUCUGGACAGGGAAACCUCCCUUCUUCUGCGAAACAUUGCAGGAAAACCUUCUCAUUUGCUGACCAAGGAAGAACAGGCAGCAAAACUGAAAGCUGAGAAGAUCAGAGUUGCCCUAGAGAAAAUUAAAGAGGCACAAGUGAAAAAGCUGGUGAUUAGAGUUCACAUGUCUGAUGACAGCUCUAAAACAAUGAUGGUGGAUGAGAGGCAGACAGUGAGACAGGUGCUGGAUAACCUGAUGGACAAAUCCCACUGUGGUUACAGUUCAGACUGGUCGCUAGUAGAAACCAUCUCUGAGUUACAAAUGGAGAGAAUCUUUGAAGACCAUGAAAACUUGGUUGAAAAUCUUCUCAAUUGGACAAGAGAUAGCCAGAACAAACUCAUAUUUAUGGAGCGUAUAGAAAAAUAUGCACUUUUCAAAAACCCACAGAAUUACCUCCUGGGGAAAAAGGAAACAAUUGAGAUGGCAGACAGAAACAAAGAAGUACUUCUGGAGGAAUGUUUUGGUGGUAGUUCUGUAACCGUGCCAGAAAUCGAAGGAGUGCUUUGGUUGAAAGAAGAUGGCAAGAAGUCCUGGAAAAAGCGUUACUUUCUCUUGCGAGCAUCUGGUAUCUACUAUGUCCCUAAAGGAAAAGCAAAGGUUUCACGGGAUCUCGUGUGCUUCCUCCAGCUGGAUCAUGUCAAUGUUUACUAUGGACAGGAUUAUCGGAGCAAAUACAAGGCACCUACAGACUACUGUCUGGUGCUAAAGCACCCACAGAUCCAGAAAAAAUCUCAGUAUAUCAAAUACCUUUGUUGUGAUGAUAUGAGAACCCUGCAUCAGUGGGUCAAUGGUAUCCGCAUCGCAAAGUAUGGGAAGCAGCUCUAUCUGAACUACCAAGAAGCAGUGAAGAGGACAGAGUCAACUUAUGAUUGGACUUCCUUAUCCAGCUCUAGCAUUAAGUCAGGAUCCAGUUCUUCCAGCAUCCCAGAGUCACAGUCAAACCACUCUAAUCAGUCUGACAGUGGGGUUUCUGACACCCAGCCAGCCGGGCACGGCCGUUCCCAGAGCACCGUGAGCUCCAUCUUCUCUGAAGCAUGGAAGCGGGGCACUCAGUUAGAAGAGUCCAGUAAGUAAAACAAAUGUACAGAAUGCCCCCCAUUACCUGCAUUGCUGGACUUCUGUGCAUGUUGGAUGCAAGUGUCUCACACGAUCAUGCGUGUGUGUGU